AUGGCGGCUCUCCGGAGACUUCUGCAGGUUCUGCUGCUUUCCCUGCUGGUGACAACGGCCCAGAACGACUCCGCCCUAGAGGAAGACAACAAGGUCCAAUCAGAACUCAUCAAAGCGGAGAUAGUCCCCAGAGGAUCCGACAGAUCCACAGCACAGGACGGGGAUCUGUUAGGCAGGCAAUCCAGUGACAAUGGAAUUCAGCUCCCGGAUCAGGACCCCAGAAGUGAGCUGCACACAGACCCUCUGUCAUCGGGGGCAGAAAGAGGACAUGGCAGCCAGGGGCCACUGGCCUCCAGCGUUCUCAGUAUCGAUCACCCAGAAGACGUUGAUGAAUGUGCAGCGGUGGAGCCACCUUGUGGAUUAUAUGCUAACUGCACCAACACUGCCGGUUCCUACAUUUGCCGCUGUCAUCGGGGCUUUCUGAAAGGGUCACGGGGGUGUGAGGAUGUGGAUGAGUGCCAACUGGCAGAGGUGACGGGGCUGCAAGCCUGUCCCCCCCACUCCACCUGCCACAACACCCUCGGCUCCUUCACCUGCUCCUGCCAUGGCGGCUUUGUCUUCUCUCUGGGUGGGAAAAGAUGUGUCGAUGUUGAUGAGUGCACAUUUGAGGAGAAAUGCCGCCGGGAGUUGGGCAACCUGUGUGUGAACAUCGAGGGCAGCUACCGAUGCAGCUGCCAGGCUGGAUUUCGGGAACUGGGACUCUCUUGUGUCGAUGUAGACGAGUGUGCUGACAAUCCAUCCAUCUGUUCGGGGAUUGGCGUCUGUCAAAACGUAGCCGGGAGUUAUCGCUGUGGUUGUCCUGCCGGGUUUCGCGGUAACGGGACUUUCUGUGAAGAUGAGAACGAGUGCUCGUCCAGUAAACACACCUGCGACGCUAAUGCCCGAUGUGGAAACGUAAUUGGAUCUUAUUUCUGCCAAUGUUAUCAGGGGUUCAAUGGAGAUGGUCACACCUGCUUUGAUAUUAAUGAGUGUUCUGUGGAUAACGGUGAGUGUGAGCAUCUGUGUGUGAACCAGGCUGGCAGCUUCCAGUGCCAGUGUCCGACCGGGUACCAGCUGGAGGAAAAUGGCAGGAACUGUACAGAUAUUGAUGAAUGUCAGAGCAAAAAUGGCGGCUGUCAGCAGAUCUGCAGGAACACAGACGGCUCAAAUGAAUGUGUAUGUCGGAUAGGCUUUCAGCUCCAUGUGGACCUCCGUCAGUGUGUGGACAUCGAUGAGUGUAAGAUUGAUAAUGGUGGCUGUUCACACACCUGCAACAACACAGAAGGAGCGUUCCAAUGUCUGUGUCCUCUUCACCAGGCCUUGGCCAAAGACCUGAAGACCUGCAUCAACAUCACGUCAUGUGACCUGAAGAAUGGCGGGUGCGAGCAUGCGUGCACUGAGCGGCAGGAGGGCGGCAUCGAGUGCAGCUGCCGGGCAGGCUGGGUGCUGAGCAGUAACAGGAGGACCUGUGAUGACGCGGAUGAAUGUGCAGACUUUACCCGCGGUGGAUGUGAACAGUCCUGUGAUAACUACGCCGGCAACUACAACUGCAGCUGUUACAAAGGCUUCACCGUCCGUUCCGACGACCCCACCAAGUGCCAGCCUGUGUGCAAUCCCCCGUGCCAAAACUACGGAGUCUGUGUGGCCCCAGAUACCUGUGACUGUCCCGCAGGGUACCCGGGGCCCGGCUGCUCUGCCAUGUGUGCCCCACCUUGUGCCCAUGGAGGAACCUGCAUGAGACACAACAUGUGCUCCUGUCCCUCAGGAUGGACGGGCCCUGGGUGCCAGACAGCGGUGUGUGAGUUGCCUUGUGCUAAUGGUGGACGCUGCGUGGCCCCAAACACCUGCCAGUGCCCAUCGGGAUACAGCGGAGAGCAGUGCCUGACACCGCUCUGUACUCCGCCCUGCCUGAACGGAGGCAAAUGUAUAGACGUCAACAAGUGUGUGUGUCCCAGCGGGUGGCUCGGUGCACGCUGCCAGAUAGAGCCUGUGCGCUGUGAGAAGCCGUGUCAGAACGGAGGAAGGUGUGUGGGGUACAACGUCUGCAGCUGUCCUGCUGGAUUUCAGGGGCCUCAGUGUGAAAUAGCUGUCACUGAGCCCUGUGUACCACCCUGCCAACACGGGGCAACCUGUAAACCUUUCAACAGGUGUGAGUGUGCCCCUGGCACUGCGGGACAUCGCUGCGAAAAGCUGACGUGUCCCAUCGUCACGACCAAGCUCAGCACUUCCAGAGCCGUCCGCCAGGGGGUGAGAGAGAGUUAUGUGGAACGCUGCGGUCCCCUGGGGGUCCAACUGUGUACCAAAUAUCGGAUCAAUCAGGUCCGGGUGUAUGUCCAGGCAUACGUAGUCGGCUACAAAAUCCAAUGUCCUACGAAGACCUGAGCAUGAAGAUGACACAAAAGCACCCAACCAGCCCCGAAAUUUGCUUCCAG